AUGAAUAGUGACAGCUUUCUUUCCAUUCUUAGAAGAAAGUCUCUCAGUAAUCCCUCAGUAGUGGACGGAGAAGAAUAUUGUAAUACUAAUACUCUCAAAGAUCUAGAAUGCGGUGAAAACUCCUUGAGAUCUGUUCCAUCCUGCGAGACAACAGGAAGAAGCACUCUUUUUCAUAGAGUAGGUUCAUUUCGAAGGAAAAUGUCACACAUAACACGCAAAAAUGAUCAAGAAAAUAAAACUGUAGAUAAUACGGCAUCGAACAAAUCUGAACAAUGUGGUUCACAAUCGUCUGGAGACGAAUUAAAUUUGCGAUCUAUUGCCUUGUUGAGUAAGCCCACUUUCGAAAUUCUGUUGUCAAAGGAUGACAGAACAAUAUACGAGGCACAAAGGGAUUCGAUCAUGGACAAAAUGGAUAACCCCCCGCUUGUGUAUGAAUGGGAGGUGUUUGAAAGAGUGCAGGAUGCACAACUGGAAAAAACAGAUACCUUCAUCUACUACAACCAAGUAAAGAAAUUCAUCAGCUCGAGAAAAGAUUCAGCAUUCAUGCUAGACUCGACAUAUAAGUUGUUGAUUCUUCGAAAAGGGUUGUCUCCAGUCUUGUGCAAGUUUCAUGACAAUGUGGUGUCUCAAAUAUUCUUCAGAAUCCACAUAAAAAACAGAUGUGAUAUUCUGUUUGAACAGGUCUGUUUGAUGUUGGUUAGGAAUUAUCUUAACAAGUUGUCCUCCAUACAAAUCGUAGGGCUGACUUGGGUAGUGAAGCUAAGUGGAAACUACUCUCUAGUUUCUUUUUUGUUGAAUAAGCCUAUUCCGUGCAAGGAUGAAGUUGAAACUAUCUGUACUACUAUUAGAGAUAGUUUGAAUGAAAACAUCAAAAACUGUGUCAAUGAGUUGAUGAUUAUUGACGGAGGGCACAACACAAUUAUUCAUGGACCAUAA